AAAGGGUGACAGAGAGACAAACAGACGCAAAAAAAACAGGCAUACUUUUUCGCUAACUAGCUACGCUAUAAAGCGGAGGGCAAGGCAGAAAGGUGCGGCAGAGUUCUGACCGGCAGAGGGAAAAGGAAGAGGGAGAGAUGGACGGAGGAAGAGCGAAGGGCAAAGAUCAAGGUGUAGUGGAUGGCGUGGCAGCGAUGGCGCACUGCUACCAGGAGUUCAACCCCAAAGCGUACCUGCAGUACAACUACACCCCUCCUCGCGCAGACUUCAGCCGCGCUGACAGCAUCGUGCCUUGGAAAUUGGGCUGCCUGCAUAGAGCUUUUACAGAAGGCGACGUGGGCGGAGAGACGCUGGUGGACGUGGGGUCGGGUCCCACCCUGUACCAGGUCCUGAGCGGCUGUGAGCUCUUUGGUCGGGUGGUGCUGACCGACUUCCUGGAUGUGAACCGCAGGGAGCUGAGGCGCUGGCUGAGGGAGGAGGAGGGCAGUUUCGACUGGACCCCCUACCUGAAGCAUGUCUGCAAGCUAGAGGGGCGCAGUCCCUCGGCGUGGCAGGAGAAGGCAACGCGCCUACGCUCUGUAGUCACGGAGAUCCUGCCCAUCGACGUGCACCAGCCUCUGCCCCUUCCGCUCGGCGCUCUGCCGACCCCUGGAGCCGACUGCCUGGUGUCCUCCUUCUGCCUGGAGAGCGUGAGCCCGGACCUGGCCUCCUUCACGCGGGCUCUGGGCCACAUGUCGGGCCUGCUGAAGCCCGGGGGCCACCUGCUCCUCAUCGGGGCCCUGGGGGAGAGCUACUACAUGGCGGGGCCGGGGGUCCGCAUCCCCGUGGUGCCUCUGGACGAGGCCCAGGUCUGCACCAGCCUCCGGGAGAACGGCUACGCCCUGAUCCACCUCAGCACCUACACCUUGCCCCCGGACAUGAGGGUGGGGGUGGACGACGUCAGCGGGAUCUUCUUCGUGAAGGCCAAGAAAAUGUAA